ACACAAGUCCCAUGCGUGCGCGCCGUUGCCGUAUGCGCGACAGCUGUGAUCAUCGCAACGUCGUCUUGGGAGCCGUUAUGUCGACCACAGCGAGAGCCGACCCUUCGGCCACUCGUCUCUGUGCUGUGCUGACCAGUCUCGCAGUGUUUUUUUGCCACCAGUAGUGUCCGCGAACUUCAACGGGAGUGCACCAUGGCGUCAGUGAAGGUUGCCGUGCGUGCGAGGCCCUUUAAUCAAAGGGAAAUCGACAUGAAAAGCAGUGAGAUUAUUCGCAUGGAUGGUAACAAGACAUGUAUUGAAAACCUGAAGUUUCAGAGUCUAAUCUCCUGCCCCAAUAUCAUAGUGUCGCCGCAGGGUGGAGCCGAAGAAUUGGGCCGGGAGAGAAUCAAGGAGUUUACGUUUGACUAUUCGUACUGGUCUGUGCACCCAAGUGACGCACACUUUGUGACACAGGAGCAGGUUUUCAAUGACCUCGGUCAGGAGGUUGUGGACAAUGCAUUUGAAGGCUACAAUGCGUGCAUAUUUGCCUACGGUCAAACUGGAUCAGGAAAGACAUUCACUAUGAUGGGCUCAUCCAACAAUGAAGGGCUUAUACCACGUAUUUGCCAAGCUAUGUACACUAGAAUGAAGUUGGGUCAAAAUUCUGGCACCACAUUUCGUACAGAGGUUAGUUAUCUUGAAAUUUACAAUGAAAAGGUCAAAGACCUGUUAAAACGAGAAAGCACUCAGCACAAUCUCAGAGUUCGAGAGCAUCCAAAACUUGGCCCUUAUGUACAAGACUUGUCACGUCACCUCGUCAUGGACUACUCUGAUGUGGAAGAACUCAUGGCACGUGGAAACUCACACAGGACGACUGCGUCUACAGCCAUGAAUGAUGUUAGCAGCCGGUCGCACGCCAUCUUUACAUUGAAUUUUACUCAGGCAAAAUUUAUUCGUGACCUCCCUAGUGAAACAGUCAGCAAGGUGAACUUGGUGGAUCUUGCUGGCAGUGAGCGAGCAGAUUCCACCAAAGCUACUGGCCAGCGACUAAAAGAAGGUGGCCAUAUCAACAAGUCCUUAGUCACCCUUGGAACUGUCAUAUCAGCGUUAGCCGAGCUGUCUACCAGUAACAGCCGGAAACGCGUUUUCAUCCCCUACCGGGAUUCUGUCUUGACAUGGCUCUUGAGAGACAGCCUGGGUGGGAAUUCCAAGACGAUCAUGAUUGCCACCAUCUCUCCUGCGGAAUGCAACUACGGAGAGACACUGAGCACCUUGCGCUAUGCAAACCGUGCCAAGAACAUCAUCAACAAGCCGACUAUCAACGAGGAUCCAAAUGUCAAGCUCAUCAAGGAACUUCGCGAGGAGAUUGCCAGGCUACGAUCAAGGGUUGGAGGUGAUGAUAGUAGUACACAAGUCAUGGAGAAGCUUCAAGAGAAUGAAGCAAGGGUGAAGUUCCUUACAGAGGAAUGGACAGAGAAAUGGAAGGAGACGCACAAAAUUUUGAAGGAGCAAAAAACCCUGGGCCUGCGGAUGUCUGGUCAAGGUGUGGUCCUCGACUCUGAGCGGCCACACCUCAUUGGACUGGGGGAUGACAUUUUGAGCACGGGGGUAGUCCUCUACCACUUGAAGGAUGGAAAGACCUUCAUUGGCACUGAAAAUGCGGACACCAAGCAAGAUAUUGUACUGUCUGGACCUGGAAUCCAGGAUGAGCAUUGCUCCAUAGAACUGGUUGAUGGCGGUGCCACGCUCUACCCUAACCAGAACUCUGAGUGCUGCAUCAACACAAUGCCUGUGGACAAGCCAACAAGGCUCACCCAAGGCUGUGUUGUUCUGCUGGGAACAACAAACGUGUUCAGAUACAAUGACCCUGCUGAGGUGCACAAGCUUAGAAAAGAGAAGGAAAGGAGGUCACUCAUGAACCUGUCCCACUUGUCCUUUCUGAGCCGAUCGGCAGGUGACAUGUCAAAGUCCACGGAGAGCAUCUGUGGAAAUGGGUUUGAGGCUCAUGAAGAUGGAAGUGAAAAUAUUAUGGAUUUGAGCAUGCGCAAGCUGCUGGAAAAGCAGUCUGGCAACCAUGACGAGCGCAACAACAAUGGCAGCACUGUGGCUCCGUUGAGCAAGGAGCAGGAGGCCGUGGAGGCGCAGCUGUCUCAGAAGCGCGAGGAGCUCAGGCAACUGCAGGAAAAGACCGAGGACUCAAGAGGAUGGCCGACUGAGGCCCACAGAAAAGCGGAGGAAGAGCAGACGAAGCUUGAGAAAGUCACAGAGGAGUUGCGAAGGCAUCUGGAGAAGCAAGCUAGCGAAGAGCAGGGCUCAGCUCAGAGGAUUGUACAACUCCAACAAGAGCUCCGCUACCUGACAGCAAAAGAAAAAGAAGUCCGGGAAAAUUUUGAGCAGCUCAAAAACAGGCUUCAGCAGGAGCGAGUGUACGUGCUGAGCAAACUCGAGACUGAGCAGUCGCGCCUCUACGAUGAAAUCAAGAGCCUCGAGAUGAAGGAGCAAGACUUGAAGGACGCCAUCGUCAAGCAGCAGCAGGAGCUGGCUCGCAUGGACGAAGAGGUCAGCCAGAAGAAAGAGGAAUACUCAUCUCAGACGAAUCUCCUGCAAGAGGAGAUACGUCUUCUGAGAGACGAACUGGAACUCUCGACGACCCAAGCAUCGGAGAACUGGCGAUCCCUCCUGUCACUGAUCUCUGGAGCUCGUGACGACCUUCCGCUUCCCAAGAACACGGGCGACCUGGAGAACAUUGUCGAGAGCAUCCGGCAGCAACUCGCCGACAAAAAGCACGCACAGCUGGCCGAGAUCCAUGAAGAGCGUCAGAGUAUCGCGGGCCAAAUCGAAGCUCUCGCGGAGAAGCAGAAGUUGCUGCAGAGCUUUGAAAUGUCGCCCGAGGAAGACGGUUCGGGCGACGGCCAAGGUCAUGAGGCAGAAGGUCACGGUGAGAGAUCGUCGGGCAAGGCGACUUCCAACGAAAAGGGCGACAAGCUGUCGUCUGAUGAGUCCGACGGUGAAGAAGUGAGCACGCUCGUCAAGGGGAGGCUCGCUUUCGUAGGUGAAGAGGUGCGCAAACUUCAGGAAGAAGAAAAGGCACUGGGCAGGAAGGAAGAGGAUGUGGAAGUCGGCUGGCGACACAACCUAGACACGCUGGACUCGCUGCUUCCGCUUCUCGAGUCCAUGGUCGAGGACCUGGACAAGUUGGAAGGGUGUAUAUCAGAAAAGGAACAAGAUGUUGCUGACAUCGAAAGUUCAGUGAACCAGUGCGACAGCAAGCUGAAGGGCGUUGCUACCGAGAAGGAAAACCUGGAACAGCAGCUUCAAAAGGUGCAAGAUCGCAAGGUGGAUGCCGACACGGAACAGAAAGAGCUCAAGACUUCCCUGAACAGCCUGGAUGACAAGAUGACGUUUCUGGCUCAACAGGAGGAAGACAUAUUGAGCACGUUGAAGAACAAGCGGCAACGAGUUGAGGAGGAGCUUUCCAAGUUCAGCAAUGGUAAUGAGCCAUUGCUCGACGCCCUAAGCAACGCUAGCCAGGUGUCGUCCCCAGUGCACAACGAAAGCUUCCUGUUGCCGUGCUCUGACAACCUUGGACCUCUGACAUCAUCUCCCUUGUCCAACAAACUGCAUCAUAGCAGCUGGGAUCUGCGAGGUCUUGAAGAAAGGUACCUGGUCAUUGAGAAGGAGCUCGAGGAGCGACGGAAAGCAUUUGAGUCCGAGCAGGAGGAGGCUGAAAAUGACAAUGUCUACCUUAAACAGGUCAGGCAGAUGGAAUACCAGCAUCAGGAGAAACUACGGGAUCUCAUAAAAGAGAGGGCAGAAGACAUGAAGAGGCGCAACUCAUACCUCCAUCAGCUACCUUGUGAUAGCAACUCUUCCACUCUACCCGGAAGGAGACAAAAUAUCGCUUCUCGAUCUCUGCCCAUUCUCCCAACGCACCCGUACCUGUCGUUCGAGCGAGGCACCGAAGAGUGCCCCAUCAGAAUAUCCAUUCCGUCCUACACACUGCGGGGAAGUGGCUCCAACGCUCACAUCGAAUAUGAAGUCAAGGUGGUGGUCAUGGACGACAGCUGGACCUUGUAUCGGCGAUACAAGCGGUUUCGAGAGCUCCAUGACUACAUGAAGUUGAAGUAUGGACGGAAGGUGACACUACCGUACUUCCCCCCGAAAUUGCUGUUCGGCAACAAGUCUCAGCGACUGGUGGAGGAACGCCGCAAGCUGCUCGAGGUUUACCUCAUCGAGCUCGUCAACAGCUGUCGCCGCGACCUCUCGUGUCCCUUGCAUCGAACAGUGCAGGGCCUCUGCAAACAGCACAUGUGGGAGUUUGCACCGUUCUUCCGCAAAGGAUGCUUCGAGACGAGCAAGCACAGCACCGGCUGAAGGCAUCACCACGUGACAUGGGAGACGUCUACACCCGCUGCUGUGCAUUUCGUGCGACAGCAUCACUUGCACUGUGCUUUGCAACGCAAUUUGGAAGUCGAGAUUGCGAAUCUUUCUCGGCGUGCGGGCGAAAUGGCUCUGAAAAUAGGGAUGUGCUAAUAACAUAGUUUUUAAUGACUGCUGACAUCAUUGUCAUUCUCAUGGUUCAUCCUUGUGAUAGGUCAUAUCUGAGUUCUAAAACUACGCGACCUCAGAAUGUUUGUCUUCAAGCCAGAUAGUGAUAUAAUGUUGAGUCUGCUGGCGACUUUUUUCUGGUUAAACCUGUUGACAAGUAAUGGGGCAUGUUCACUCACUCAAAGUUUUCCUAGCAUGAAGGAGCCUUACGGCAAGCUUCUGUUGUGGCCUAGGUGCUGUAAGCAUGAAAUUUAUGUUUGUAGGGACAACGUGCCCGUGACACUUACGGGGGGCAGAUUGGUGCACCAUCAAUGACCUUUCUGUUCUGUUUUAAAGACCCUGGUGUAAUGAGUGUGGGUUGAGUUUGUGCCCAGCCUUGUUAAAGUCAUGUCUGUUCCUAAAUGCUGUCAACCUUGAGGCCAAGCGUAUGCAAACGGUGCAGGAAGUGAUGACAUGAGGCUCUUCUGGUGGUUGAGGACCAGUUGUGUUUUUGAAAAAGAGCUUUCGUUUCUUAUAUACUCGCUCGACAAAGUAAGAUCCAGUGCUCCUUCUUUGUUGGCCGCUUUGGUGCGUCUGCCUGUCUGAAGGUAUAGUUGUGGUGCUUUUUUCUUGUUGUAGCUCUGGAGAACAAUUCUGUCACUGGGUCGGCUUUCAGAUGAUGUUAUGGCUGUCGUUUUUGUGCAGCAUAAUUAGUAAAUAGUGCACUGCUCUGGGUUGAAAGGUUAGUAUUAAAUGCAGCAGAAAUGGUGUGCAUGCUACAACAAAAGGCAGCUUUUGCUUGCACGUCAUUCUUGUUGAAAAAGGCCGUGGGUGACAUUCUGGAGUAAAGUUAUCGUAUUUACUUGAAUCUAGGCCGACCCUGAUUUUAAGACGACCCCCAAAAGUCCGAAGCUCGAAAAAAAGAAUGAUGAUAAUAAAGAACUUACCUCGAAUGUAGGCCAAACAAAACAGCGUUCACAAAAAGAAAACAUUUAUUGAACAUGAAAAUAAAACAAAGCAGUUGGUUGAUGAUGCAAAUAACUCGAGAAACAUACAGCCACUAGUCCUGUUGAUGAUGAUGGCCUAAAAGCAUGGCUGUGUGUGUUUUUUUGUUGUUGUUUCUUUUGCGCUGCUUGUAGUUAUUUGCAUCAUAAAGAUGCUGGGCUUGGCUCAUUCAGAGUCAUCGUCGCUGAUUUUUUUGUUACUGUUUUCAAACGAUACGCAAUCCUCGGUGCCAUUAAGCACAGUGGAUAUGCCGCACUACUUGAAAAAGCGCACAAUCAAAGUUCCCAAUUUGUCGUCUCACGCUGCAACCUCUCAAGCGACGCACUUUUUUUUUUGUACAUUUUAAAGUUCAACUCAGCUUGAACGUUGCACAGCGACUCCGUGGCUGGGACAACUUUCAUUUUAUAAGCGGCACUAUAAUGACACCGCCUGUAUGGCACCAUUGAGCUACGCCACACACAGAGCACUUGAAGUUAGACUCUAAAUGACCAACAGCUCGCCUCAACACUCACCACAAAAAUCGAAAUGGCAACUUCACGUGCGUACUUAAGCCUGGUGUUGGCUUGGCUACUAACAGCUAUAUCCUGUGUAGGUAGCGCUAGUUGUGCACCACUUUUCUCAGUGAAAAAUGGCGCGUUUGUUAAAAUCCUCAAAUCUAAGCCGACCCUGGAAUUUUAUGCCAAAAAAUUUGAAAAAAAAAGUUAUCGGUCUAGAUUUGAAUAAAUAGGGUAGGUGCUACGCGUUCUUUAUUAGACAUGCGAUCUGGAAAUUCUGAAACACCUUUCGAGCAAGUUGUCAUAUGCCAAUGAGUGCAAACAUGAGCCAUUGCAAUAUUUUUGUUUCAAUGUUGUUGUCUAGUUUUUCUCGCCUCUACAUGGUAGCGGCUUGAAAGUGAAGCUUAUAUGAUGCAACUAAUGUUCAAGCCUGAGCCAAGUCCACAACUAUUCUGGGUUUUAUGUUUGUCUGUUUUGUUCACGAGGAGUCCAUUUCAGAGCAUGCCGAAAACUGGGCAGUUUGCCGAAAACUAGACGGUUUUCUUCUUUUAGCUUUUGUGGGAAUUCUGUAUUGCCUUACUUGCAUAGAUGUUUCUAGCUUCCGAGAGCUUAUGCCGUGUUGCAUAAUAGGAUAUGUUGAGGUGUGCCCUUUACAUUAUAGCUUUGCGUUUCCGAGUCAGGCCCACCGCAGUUCUUUUGUAGAGGUUUUCUUUGCAGAUUUCUGCUCAGAUUUCUUGUAUACUCAUUUAUUGCUUGUGCCUUGCGCUUGUCUUCACUUUUUAAUGUAAGUUGUGCUUUUAAUUACUUACUGGUUCUCCGCUAUGUAUUGUGAGGACGCGUCAGCACAAAGACGUUUGGUGCGCACAAGAAACUUUUUUAUAGUAGUUAUGCAGACUGUAGCAUGAGAGGCUUAUUUUAUGGUUUCACUGGCGGCUGGAAGUGAAAGUUGUAAGCUCAUAAUCACCGAGGAACACACCAAGGCCAUCCGCCAUCACCCGACAGUUCGGAACACAUUCACAACAAGUCCUGAUCUCGUACAUCGCAUACAGCUUGGCACUAGUUACGGUGAUUUUUUCAGCUUUUUCACACCUUCAUGUAACUCUGGCUUUAAGCACCCUCUUGACGUGCACGGAAGAUAAUAGAUUCACCACUGUCGAGAUAUUUAUCUUUCAUACUUUCAUCCACCAAUGCUGCUGGUUCUUCGAAGUUUACUUCAAAAAUUAGUAUAAAGCGAAUUCUACGGUCGAUCUUGACCAUUUUGCAAAUAUACUUGGUUUUAUGGCUAUAGUAUAAAAUAGCAUACCAUAUUGUAUCAAAGUGAAAGGUUGUCGUGCCAGGCCACGCUUUAGUCAUUUUUUUUUUUGUUUUAUCAAAUUUGCUGCGCAAGAAUAUUCAUUGCUAUGGUUUGUAUAGUCAUCGAGUGGCAUGCUCACGAUGUUAUGAGACAUAAGGUGGUGAAGACCUUUACGGGAAAUGGUUACAAAUGCAUAGUCAAAACUUCAGCGCAUGCUCCAAGAAAGCCACCGUAAAAUGAAAUCCCGCAGUCUAGGUCGAAAUGCUUUUCUUUUGCCUUCUGCAUUUAAAGGAAGCUAGAGAAAUGUCACCAUACAGCCUGCGUGUGCAUGUCAUCGUGUCACAGAACUUGAGGUGCAUUGUAAAGUUUGGUUGACUUGGUGCAACAGACGUAGCAGUGUGUGCAUGUUUCCAUUGGCAUAACUUUUAUCACAUAUUUGUUAGGGUGCACACAUGUUUUUGCAUGUCGCAGACCCGCAUGCCAAGGCUUGUCACCGUUAUGUGAUGCAUGCUUAUAGCUGCUCUUGUGAAACAUUCAUCUUGAACAUUCUUGGGGACAUUUGUUGGGUCACCGAACUGUGUUGCAAACAUCGAUCUUUUUGCCAUUUAUGUUGGCUUUAGAGAUCCCAUGCACCAUUCCCACUUUGGUGGGCAAGGAACGACACUUGACAGUGUGAUCCCCCUCCUCUUGAGAAGUACACGCACAAAAAUAUGCUCAUUCCAGCGUUUUGUCGACAAUGUGUUUUGUUUGAAGUGUUAUUGGUGAUGCCUUUUCUAUGUGUUGUGUGCGUUGAUUUGUGUACAACAUAUAUGCAUGUGUUUUGUUUAUAUUUAUACUGAAGAGGUAAUUUUUUUCGUGUGUACAUAUUUGUUUUUGCAAAUACGCACAUGUGAGGUGGAGAAGCUUCGUUAAACAAUUACAAAGAUUGUCACGACUGAAGAUAAGUUUCGAUUCAGCAUGAGCCACUAGGUGUUUAUUUUAACUAGUGGUAGUUUGCAACGGAAGCUUGACUGUUUAAAGAAACUGCACUUGACCAAGCUGCAACUAUUUGUAAAUGGUGAGCGCUUGUAAAACAGAAGAUUUAUUCCUUUCAAGUGGGAUUUUAUAAGUUUGUUAAAAUUGUAUUUAGAGCUUCAUGUUUGUUUAUAAUCGUUUAUAGUGAGUUUGAAUGAUGUGAGUGGCUUGCUAAUUUUUCCUGACAUUCACACUUUAGUUUUCGGUAUCUUUGUGCAUCAGUAUGUUUAGAGCUUAAUGUGUUGCACCGCACUUGCAUUGCCUGAGUGCAGACAUGUUGAGAUGUCGUACCUGACAAUUAUUUCACACCUCAGUGUUCUGGGCUGAGUAGGGGCAGAACAUAGUUAUGACACAUCUGGAUUUGAAGGGUCUCCAAAUGGUCUCGCGUUGCUUUGGUUUCUACGGCAACACACUGCUACCACUCACUGUCCGUGCUCGUGACACGGCCGAGGCACCCGCGAGUAUCAGUGUUUGAAGGAUUUUUGUUUUGUUGUUUAGACACGGUUUCAACUUUGGCGUUUGUAAGAACUGAAUUCAUUCAGUUGCUGCUUACCACCACUUCACCCCACCUCACUGUCAUAUCUACCAACCACUAAAUGUGCACAGACUGCUUAGGUAUUUUGAGAAAAGUUACUGAAGAAACUAGACAAAUGCCAGACACAGGGCUUUACCAAGAUGGCUUCAAGGAUGUAUUAUAACUAAAGUGAUGAAAUUUGUACCAAUUGAGAGGAGGUGAAUAUUUUCACAGGUGGUAUUUGUUACUCUUAGUGUUGACUGCAGCUCUUCUAGUUAAUUUAGAUUUUUUUUGGCAGUAGUAUAACUAUGACUAUAUAAUUAAAUAUAUCUUUUUAAUGAUUUUAUGAUGAAGAACUAUGUUCUUAAUAGAGUAAUGCAUGGCGUGUGGCUGUGGGUGACCAUCAAAUUCGACACAUCAUUUCAUGAUGGUAUUAGAUUUGAUGUACUUGAUUUCUUAAGUCUUGUAUAAACAGUGCUGUUAUUGUAAAAUGCUAUAAUAGGACAGUCCUAGCAUUGUACUUGAGAUUUAUUUACAUGUAAAGCAAUAGCAGUUAGGCCCUUGUAUGUGGUAGCAAUAUGUACAGUUAUAGCGUAACAAAAUGUAUACCACACUGCGUGCCUGCUAGUUUUGUCUAAUCAAACGCAUGUGCCUUAUUACCCACAUUUUAGCCAACACUGAAAAACUUGUGAUGAGCAAUUCUAGUGAUGCUAUAGACACAGUGUGUCUUGAGAUGUGCGAGUGUAAAAUUAAAUGGUCUUUAGGGCUUUACAUUCUUUACAUAAAGGUUGCUAGUGUACACCUUACGUUAACGCUGACUUUAGAGGUUGAGAGAUUGAUUGUUAGUCACAUGCGUCAGUAGCUAUUUCACUUGCAAUAUAUGUGUACAUAAAUAUGCCUCCAUACAGUCUGAAUAGACAUGUUGACUUGCCUUCAUUUAGGGCAAUAGCAAACUGCUCACAAUAUAAAUGAAUGAGAUUAAUGCUGUUUCCUAUCAUGAGGCUCCAAGCGACACAUAUCCUACGCCAGCGGUGUUUUAGACAUAGUAUUCCUUGUGCACAAAAGAAAAAUGCGAGGUGAUUGAAAUAUGAGCGUGUCUGCCUUGGCACUGGUGUAGUUGCAUGCGUAUAACUUGUCUUGCAUCAGCAGAAAGCUUCAGCCUGGCCUGUACGUAUUGUUGAUGUAAUGCUGCAAUACUAGUUGUGCAGAUAUAAACAUUUAUUGGUCAUGUUUAGUGUUGCCUUUCCCGCACAACAAACACUAGAAGUUCAGAACUAUAAUGCUAGUGUGUACAUAAGCAUUAAUUAUGACAGCUCAGCUGAACUUGGGAACCAUAGCUAGUAAGUAUAUGUGCAUGACUAAAUAUUCAUUUGAUUCAUAUGACUUUGAGAGGUCACUCAUUUACACCUUUCUAUGAAACAUUCUGUCGUAAUCAUAACAUUGCACAAAGUUUAAGCACAUGCACCUGACUUCCUGCCCUCAUGUCUUUGAAAAAGAAUGCAGGAACAUCAGGCAAAUACAUUUACUACCCAAGAUUCCCAUCACAGCUCAAGAGUACAACAGUUUUGUCUACUAAUUGACCUUCAAGCGGAACCCCAUAGCUGUUUUCAACGAAAGUGUGUGAAAGCUACUCUCCUCUGUGAUUGACUAGUUACGGUGCUAAAGAGAGGACAGAGGAUCGCAACACUGGCACUGACUUGCAACUCAGUUCAUCUGAAGAAACACCAUGAAUGUAUACAAACUCCAAUGUGGCUACAAUAAGAUGUGCACAGCAGAGGCAAUUUGGGUGAUGAACAAGCCAAUACACAUGUAAACAUUUCAUAGCCAAUUAUGAUUUACUGCUAACUCACCAGAGUUUUGUUUCUAUUGCUCCUUACCACUUCUGAGUAUGUAAAAGGCAUUGGGAUUGGCAUAACCUUCAAGGUACUCUUGGCUCAUCGCCUUAUUAACAAGAUCAUUUUUGUGCACAAAGUUUUGGAAUGUAUUAGUGUUGAACGAAUUACCACUGGCUGCCAUCAUUGCUGUUAACAUCUGCAUCUGGUAUUCUCGCAUUUCAGCAAUAAUGUGUAGACGCACAUUUAGCAUCUGCAUGUAGCAGUAUGUACAAGCCAGGCACAUAUUUUGUAGCUUCUUUGCAAAGUUUCUUAGGUUGUGUAGGCUGCUCAACAUGUCAUCUCUUAUCGUGGUCAAGGCUGCGUGGAAAUUCUGUGCAGUGGAGUUCUAUGUAUGAUCUGAGCCAAUUUAUCACAAAUGCAUUUCUGUUGGCUGUUUCUUUACAGAAUGGCCAAUAAAUGUUCUUUCAUUGUUACGA